ACAUGGCUGACCUGUCAGAAGACCAAUGAGGGAAAGGCCACAUUUAGCAUAAUCGAUCUGGUUUCUCUACGGCGUGUGUGAACCCAGUCGAGCUUCGCGGGCAGCAGUCGAUUCAAGAUGAGUGGGUUGCCACAGGGAAUGGCAAAUGGCCCAAGCCGGAGUGAACACUUCGGGGAAGAUGCUCAGGUUUGGGAGAGACCCUGGACUCUCGAAGAAAUGCGACAGAGCAGUGCAAGUUGGUCUUUAGCAGCUGACUCAGGGCUCUUCCUGUUUCUUCAAGACUUUUCCCAGAGAAUGCUGUCAAAGACUCAUGAGAUUGAAAAGCAGCUGGACAGUCUGAUCCGAGACACCAAGGCCACAGACAGCUGCCUGAACUCUGUCUUUAAUGACUUCCUCAUGCUCUCCAACACGCAGUUUAUAGAAAAUAGAGUUUAUGAUGAAGAGGUGGAGGACAGUGGGCCGAAGCCUGAUGCUUUGGAGAAACAGCCUGAGCAGGAGAAGACUCGAGAGCAGAAAGAGGCAGAGUUGAUUCCUAAGAUGCAGGAAGCUGUGAAUUAUGGUCUUAAAGUCCUGGAGUCAGCCUUCGAGCAUCUGGACAUUAAAGCAGGAAACUCUGACUCCGAGGACGAGGAGGCCACCGACAGAGUGGAGGCCAUCCUUGAGCCCAAGGAUCUUUAUGCGGACAGGCCUCUUCCAUACCUGAUUGGUUCCCAGGCUUUCAUGGAACAAGAAGACGUUGGACUUGGUGACCUCUCAAGUGAUGAAAUGUCAGUUGACAGUGACAGAGACAGUGUGAUCGAGAGUGAAGACGGCAAAGAAGCAGUUCAUUCAGAUGAGGAUUUCGAUCAGCAGGAAGUUGAAGUUCACAAUAAUAUUAAGAAGAAAUCGUCCAUGUUGAGUUACGACGAUGAUGAUGAUGAGGAGGAGGAAGAGGACGAGGACUCUGACAUAUUUGGAGACUCGGACAAGGAGGAGGAUGAGGAUAAUGAUGAUGCCACAAAGAACACAGGCCCAUCAUCCUUUGCUGAUGAGCUGGCAGCUCGAAUCAAAGGUGAACCAAUCAAAAAACCGGAGGGAGAUCGUGCAUCACUGGCAUCUAAGAAGAAAAGUAAAGUCAGAAAAGAAGCCAAGCCUUCAAAGUCACAGGCAGCUGAAGACGACAGUGAUGACAUGUUCAAACCACCAAAGAUGGAUUACGAUGAUGAUGACGACGACGAUGACGAGUUCUCUCCAUUUGGAGCAAAGAGUGGCCUCUUCAGUGGAGGGAAAGGCCUGUUUGACGAUGAGGAUGAGGGUGAUCUUUUUGGUGAGGCACCAAAACCUUUUGUGCCUGAAGAGACAAAGGUGAUGAAUGAAAGCACAAAAAGCAAAUCUCAAACUGCAGAAUCUGCCAAACCUGGAAAGAAGAUUCCAGCAGGUGCCGUUCAAAUAUUCCCAGAUAACAGCCUGUUCAGUUCAGCGAAGGACUCUGAUUCUGUGGAGAGCAAGGAGAACGGAACUCCAGCUCCUAAGACCAGUGCUCCUUCCAAAGCAGUUCCUGCAGGAGCUGGUGUUGGUGGUGGAGGACUGUUUGAUGAUGAGGAGGAUGACUUUUUCAAUGCUGGAAAGGAGAAACCCAAACCCAAGACGGCUAUUGACCUUUUCGAUGAAGAUGACGAAGAUGUUGACAUAUUCGGUAAUAAGCUCAGUGCACCAGUUCCAGCUCCGAGCAAGAAGGAGGCUGUCGUAGAGCAGGCCAAACCUCCCGAGAAGAAGAUGCCAGCUGGGGCUGUCUCCAUGUUUGGUCCUGGGACUAAAAGAUUGAUGAGCGAGGGCCGGAAAAAGCGACAGCAAUCGACCAGCGAGGAGUCUGAGAAGUCUGAGAAUGGGCCCACACCGGAUGUUGGGAAAACUACUGUCAAGCCUUUUCUGAACCCCAAGACCAGAGGUCUCUUCUCUGAUGAUGAGGAAGAUACACAAGUCUUUCCAACAAUUCCUAGAAGUCAAUCUAAACCUGAACCUACAAGUCAGAGCAAAACCAACAAGACCACUUUGUCAUUUUUUGAUGACGAGGAAGAAGAGGAUCUGUUUGCAUCUGCAACUAAAUCUAAACCAAAACCGAAUCAAGCUAAAGCCCCCCCACUGCAGCCCACUAAUACUGUGUCCAGCUCCCUCUUCAGCGAUGAUGAGGACCAGUGGAUGAGUUCCAAAAGUAAUGCUACAAAGCCCGAGUCCAACACAGCAGGGUUAAAGCCCAGUGCCAGCGCCCCCUCCAGUCUCCCAGGUUCCAAAACAUCUCAUAAGGGCAGCCUCUUUGACCACGAUGAGGAAGAUGAUCUGUUUGCUCCAACAAAAGAGUCAAGUCAGAAAAAGCCUCACAGAGUUGCGCUCUUGUUUGAAGAUGAGGUCGAUGAUAAUAAGGAAGAUAAAGGAUCCUUCUUUCGCAAUAAACCUACUGUCAACACAAAUACUGCAACACCAGCUGCUGCUAAAACACCUGAGGUUCCCUCUCAGUCAUCCUCCCAAUCACAGAAAUCGGAGGAGGUCCCAGUUUCUCGGACGGUGGCAGAGGACAAAUCUCCACAGCCCGAGAAGCCAGAUGCAAAGACUCCUGAGCGACUCCCAUCAUCAGCAGCGGUGUUGGUGAAUAGUGAAGUUAAAAAGAAGCCCGCUGGAGCCGUCAGUCUCUUUGGAGGCAUUAACGUUCUCGACCACAAGAAGACAAAGAACCUGUUAGAUGAAGAUGAAGGUGAUGACGACUUCCUCUCUAGAGACAGCCCGCCACCACUCGUUAAGAAGGAGGAAGAGAAAGUCAUUACAAAAACUUUUAGUCUGUUUGAAGACGAGAAUGAAGAUGAAUCCAGUUGGAGCGAUCCCAUUUUCACUAAACCUACGGGCGGAAACACACAAAAGCCCCCAGAAGAGCGACCACAGACGCAGAGCACGGGUGUGUUCCAGGACGAGGAGCUGCUGUUCAGUCACACGCAGCAGAAGGACAAUGACCCAGAUGUUGACCUCUUUGCCACCUCAGGGAAAAGCUCCAAGCCCAGCUCAGGGAAGACAGCAGCAGAAAGUCUGUUUGCAGACGAGGAUGAGGAUGACCUCUUCAGCUCCACCAAGCCAAAAGCUCCACCUCCGAUUGCAGAGAAACCCGGUAAACCUACUGACAGAGCUCCGCUGGCAAGCCCAGAAUCUGUGUUAGAGAUUCAGAAACCUGCUCCAAGCCCUGUAAAACCUAAAGAUUCCUCAUCAAGGAUUGGGAAACUUCAAGCAAAUCUGAAGAUCAACCCUGCUGCUUUGCUUCCUGGUGCUGCCCCCAUCAAGCCAGGCGCCCUAAAUGUCCUCCCUGGCAUGGGCCCCAGCUCCUCCUCUGGGGUGUCCAGCUCCAGCCUGAGUCCCAGUCCUGCCACGACUCCUGUAGGACCCCGGAUGGACAGUGAGGCAGGAGUGAGCUUUGAAGCCCCGAUCCAGGUUACAAUGCUGCAGAGCGCACAUAAGGGUCGUGCCAAAGGUGCGGUUCAACGCAGACCCCAGUCCAGAACGGCGAGACAGCAAGCUGCCCAGAGAUCUGUGGGGGAUGAAGAGGAGACCAAGAGUGGAGAUGUUCCUGCACCAAACCCCCGUCCAUCUGGCUCAGCCUUACCACACAAAUCCAGCCAGAAGCGAGCCAGUCCGACUCUACCUGACUCAUCUGCACUUCCAGCCUUGCUCACCUCCUCAUCUUCUCAACCUUCACUCGCUGAAAUCCCCCCCAGACCCUCUGUUCUCACGCUGCCAGUAUCUACAGACACUGGAAAGAAAGACUCUGGUAAGCGCAGCCUCAGUACCAAGGUGUUGCCGUUGUCUGACGUGGACGACCUUUUUGUCUCCGACAAUCUGUUUGCGGUCCCUUCAGUCACUAACACACCCUCCACCAGAGAAACCACCAAGAUGAUACAACCUCAGGCCAGUAGUGGGGUGGGACAGAAGAAGGACAACGACAAAAGCACAUUCCCAUCCAUUUUUGAUGGAAAUACAAAUGACCUUUUUCAAAAAGUCAAACCUAGGUCGACUACUAAGAAAGCCCAGGCGUCGUCCUUCUUAGAAGAUGACGAUGACGAUGACAUCUUUGGAGCGAGCAGCAGCUCCACGCCCUCGUCCACCAGCAGUAAAGAAAUCAAGAGCAGCAUUAGUUUUUUGAAGCAGGACAUCUUCCAGGAUGAAGUAGCCACUGUGCCUAAAGUUCACAAUAAGCACAAAGAGAAUCCCCUUGAUGCCAGCUUGUUCGACGACGACAUAGACAUUUUUGCUGACCUUAUGGACACUCACAAACCAAAACAGAAAUCCAAGACAAAGGGAGAGGCCAAGUCGAUAUUUGAUGAUAAAAUGGAUGACAUUUUCUCGCCAAGCACAGCAAAACCAGUGACAAAGGCUCCCAAUAAAUCAAAGAAGACGUCCCCAUCACAGGAGACCAGUGCAGCCGCAGAUUCUAGCGACAUAUUUGAUGAUCCACUUAAUGCUCUUGGUGGGAACUGAACUGUUGUUUCCGAGUAGCCCAAUUUUUACCCUUGUGGAAUGUGGAUACAUCUUUUUGUCAUUUGGAUCGCUUACAGAUUGGAAAAUCAAUAUACUGUUCAUAGAGUAUUUAUUCAUAUAAAUCCAUAUAAAUACUGUGGCUUAUCUUUUUGGCAGACAAAUGAAAAAAAGAUUCCAGUCAUCUUCUGGCAGCAUUUAGAAAAAUCCUUGUGGAAUCAGAUCAUGUUAUGUAAGAGUUAUUAUAUACUGUUAAUCUUUAUUUUAUAUGAUAGCACUUUAUAAGCAUACUGUAUGCUUAGCCUCAAAGCCUGCAGAAAUUAACAGUAAAUUGUUUUGUUUUUUGAUUGUUUAUCCUUUGGCUCCGCCUUGUUGAGAUUCCAUGUCAUUGGGUUUGUGCCAUAUCAUGGUUCUGAGAAAUCAAUGUGUUUACUUACUGUCUUAGGCAUUUUGACAAUGUUUUUAUUAAUAAGAAAUUCAUCAGUUUCUUAACUUUGGCUGUGAUGAGAAAGGAAAUUCAGUUUUAAUAACUAAAAAGGAAACAUAUUUUA